AUCAAAAACCCAUUUUACACAGAUUAUUAUUGUUUCUUCUCUUAUUUUUCCAUUAUAUAUAAAUAUAUCCAAUACAAAUCUGUUUCCCUGUUUCUUGGUACAUGCUUGGCCUGCCCUAGAUCUUAGUCUUUUUGUAUCCAUCUUCGAAAAACCCGGAAAUUUUAAGAUUUCCUUCAAUUUUCUUUGAUCUCCUCCAUUCAUCAGAUCACACUCAAUUGACGGAUUGGAGAACCUGUGGUUGGUUGUUGAAUUGUAACUUUCAUAUCCGUUUAGAGAACUUGGAAACAGAGAUAAUUGUAUGAAUAUAAAGUUGUGGUGUUUGUACUAGAUGAAGGGAGCUCAGGCGUGGCGACCAGGCAGCAUGGGUGAUCUGCAAAUCUUGCCUGGAUCUCGCCACCGCCCUCCAUUGAAGAGGCCAAUAUGGAUUAUUUUCUUCGUUUCUUUAGUUAGCCUUUUUCUAGUUUGUGCUUACAUCUAUCCACCGCAAGGCAGUGCUGCUUGUUAUGUAUUUUCUUCUAGAGGUUGCAAGGUCCUUACUAAUUGGCUUCCACCCUCACCUACAAGGGAAUCAAGUGAUGAGGAGAUUGCAUCACAAGUUGUGAUUAGAGAUAUUUUGAAUAUUCCUACUGUUAUAUCUGAAAAGUCUAAAAUUGCAUUCAUGUUCUUAACUCCAAGUUCACUUCCUUUCGAGAAGCUUUGGGAUAUGUUCUUCCGUGGGCAUGAGGGAAAAUUUUCGGUUUAUGUCCAUGCAUCGAAAGAAAAAACAGUUCAUGUGAGCCGUUACUUUCUUAACCGGGAAACUCGCAGUCGUGAGGUUGUAUGGGGGAAAUUUUCUAUGGUUGAUGCAGAGAGACGAUUAUUGGCACGUGCUCUGGAAGAUCCCGAUAACCAACAUUUUGUGUUACUUUCUGAUAGCUGUGUUCCGUUGCAUAGUUUUGACUAUGUCUAUGACUAUCUGAUGCAUGCUAAUAUGAGUUUUGUUGACUGCUUUUUGGAUCCUGGACCGCAUGGAAAUGGCAGGUAUUCAGAUCACAUGUUACCUGAAGUAGAAAAGAAAGACUUCAGAAAAGGUGCACAGUGGUUCUCAAUGAAGCGACAGCAUGCUCUGAUAGUUAUGGCCGACAGUCUUUACUACUCGAGGUUCAGGGACUACUGCAAGCCAGGUUUCGAUGGCAAAAAUUGCAUUGCAGAUGAGCAUUACCUACCAACCUUUUUCAGUAUGAUUGAUCCUGGAGGUAUUGCCAACUGGUCUGUAACACAUGUUGAUUGGUCUGAGAGGAAGUGGCACCCUAAGUCAUAUAAGGCUCAGGAUGUUACUGAGGCUCUUCUGCAGAAUAUCACGUCGAUAGACAUGAGUAUCCAUGUAACAAGUGAAGCAAAGAGUGUAGAACUGGUACAACCUUGCCUCUGGAAUGGUAUCAAACGGCCGUGUUACCUAUUUGCUAGGAAAUUCUAUCCCGAAACGGUAGAUAAACUGAUGACGCUCCUGAAUUUUUGACUGUGAAUUCUUUGGUCGGUUUUUCUUGAUCCUUCCGCUCCAUCCUUGGUUUCACACAGAAUAUAAUACAUUUUGUAAAUGGUCGAUGUUUCUGCUGCUGCAAUUAUUGAGUCCUAGGAUGACGGGUAGAGCAGUUAGGAUCGACUUGAAUUAGGCCGGGCUAAUUGUAAGUGUUGGCUCCUUCCAGAUGGGUAAUUCCUUGUCCAUUUACCCCCCAAAUUCAGCCAAUCAAUACAUUAUUACUAUUGCCAUCAUUAUUAUAUAUGUGAAAGAAUAGUGGGGGGCUCAUUUUUUGUGUGUAAAA